AAUGCUUCAAAUCAAACCCUAUACAUCUCUCUUCUUGGACCUAACUUUCCCAUUGUUUGCCCUCCGAAUAAUUCUUUUAGCCGUUGAACGAUCUAACAAGGAAGAAGAAAAAAAGAAGUGAAGUUUCAGAUCGAUCUAUCAUCUGGUUUACCCCAUGGCUCUUAACCCCUUUUUGCUCAUCUCCCUCAAAACCCUAGCCAGAAAGUGAGAGACGACAAUAUAUUAGUCAUCUGGCAGCAUUCUCUCUUCGCAAGCUCUCACUCUCUCUCACUCUCUCUCACUCUCUCUCUCACACACACAGAGAGUGAAAAGAAGGCAUCUCAAGAAGGCCAUUUGUUAAUCUGAAGAACACAAGCGUUUGAAAGGUGGAUCGUCAUCGGAGGCAUGGAAAGAGGUCACUUCCUCCUGAAGCAUCGGUGCAAGAGAAGGCCAAAGAAGAAGAGGAAGAAGAAGAAGACAGCGGAGAGCUGUGCAGUUACUCGUCAUCCUGGUCGGAGACCGACGUCUCGGCCAUGGUCACCGCUCUCACUCAGGUCAUGGACACCACCACCGCCGUCGCCACAAAUCGUCCCAGCUCAGCUACUUCAUCCGUUGAAUCCACCCCCACAACUCUCAUCUUCGACUCACCUCAACCAUCUCAAAAUCAGGAGAAUAGCAGGAUGACGAGGAGACACUAUAGAGGAGUGAGGCAAAGGCCGUGGGGCAAGUGGGCUGCCGAGAUACGGGACCCGAUCAAAGCGGCUCGGGUGUGGCUCGGCACGUUCGACACUGCCGAAGCGGCGGCGCUCGCCUACGACAACGCGGCCCUCAGGUUCAAAGGUACCAAGGCCAAGCUCAACUUCCCCGAACGAGUGCAAGGCAACGCUGGUGCUAGCAUCCUCAGGAACGUGUACCCUCCUAGCAAUCCACCGUCAUUGUCCGAACAAAACAUCGAGGCUGUGCCGUUUAAUCCUCCGGCGGCUGCGACGGCAUCGUCGCACCAAGCAUAUCCGGACCUGGUCCAGUACGCCCAGCUCCUCUCGAGUAGCGACGCGGACUUCCCCGUCAUUACUUCGACCCUGCUGGGUCGAGAAGGUUCCCAAUCUUUGACGCCAUCGUCUCGGCGAGACGAGGUGGCGGGAUCAUCUAGUUCUGAUUUUCAGGGCGUUGAAGAGUACAAGCCUGGUGACCGAAGCAGAUGAAGAGGAAAGUGGUUUUGUUUGUGUCUUUCGAACAUUCUCUUUGGAAAUCUUUUUUUCGGUCUGGUUAUAUUGGAAUGACGCACAGAUCCAAGCGUGUGGCGCUCUACUUUGAUUUGGGCGUUAAUUGUUUGUGUUUCUUGCGAGAAAGGAGCGGGAAAGAUUACCAUUGGAGUAUGUUUUUUUCCGAGGGUCGAAAUUAGUAUGGAGUGUUGUGUUUUCCUCCGUCUCUAA